AUGGAGGUGCGACCGGCAGCGCAGGGCCGGGCAGUCGCCGGGCGGGUCGCGCUGUUGGCCGUGCUGCUGCUGGUGUGCUGCCGGGCGGCGCCGGAGCGGCUCCGCUACGCCAUCCCCGAGGAGCUGGGCAGAGGCUCGCUGGUGGGGCCGCUGGCGCGGGACCUGGGGCUGACCCCAGCCGACCUGCCGGCACGCAAGCUGCGGAUAGUUUCUGGUGACGAAAAGCAAUACUUCACUCUCGGAGAAGGUAAUGGAAGUCUGCGGGUAAACGAGAGGAUAGACCGAGAGGGCAUCUGCGGGGUCGUGUCACCCUGUGUCCUCAGUUUGGAGGCAGUAGUGGAAAACCCUUUCAAUAUGUUUCAUGUGAGCGUUACUAUUCAGGAUAUCAAUGACAACGCGCCGCAGUUUGACAGAGAAUUUGUUGCCAUAGAAAUAAUCGAGUCCACGCCUCCUGGGGCCAGGUUCCCACUGGGCAGUGGCAGAGACCCCGACGUUGGGGCGAACUCAUUAAAAAACUACCAACUUACCCCCAACCCGUUCUUCUCCCUUGUGGUGAGGGAGAGUCCUGAUCGGACGAAACAUGCGGAAUUGGUACUGGAGAAGAGUUUGGAUCGAGAAAAACAGAGAAAUCACCAUUUGAUACUGACGGCAGUGGAUGGCGGGGAUCCAGUCCGAUCCGGGACCGCACAGAUUAAGAUUAAUGUGACCGACGCAAAUGACAACCCGCCGGUAUUCACCAAAGAGAUCUACAAGGUUCGACUGCUAGAAAACCUGCCAGAGGGCUCCUUAGCAUUUCAGGUGAAAGCUACUGACGCCGACGAAGGUACAAACGCGGAAAUUACCUACUCCUUCAGUGACAUCGCAAAUAAUGCACGCCAGCUCUUUGCUCUGGACUCCAGGACAGGGGACGUGAAGGUUACCGGCCCCUUAGAUUAUGAAGAGGGGAACUACUACGAAGCAAGUGUUGAAGGCAAGGACGGGGGCGGGUUGACCGCCCAUGCCAAAGUGCACAUAGACAUUCUAGACGUGAAUGACAACGAGCCAGCCCUUUCUCUCUUGCCUAUCUUGAAACCGAUACCCGAAGACUCGGUCCCAAGCACAGUUGUAGCUGUGAUCAAUGUCCGUGACAGAGACUCAGGGGAUAACGGAGAAGUAAACUGCAAAAUCGACGGCGAUUUGCCUUUCAGACUAGAACCGUCAUCAGAGAACACCUAUAAACUAAUAAUAGCCAGUGCCCUGGACAGAGAAAACGUCUCCGCUUACAAUAUCACCAUCACUGCCAGGGACCGGGGCGCGCCGGCGCUGUCCAGCGUGGCGGCGCUGGUGCUGGAGGUGUCGGACGUGAACGACAACGCGCCGGUGUUCGAGGAGGCGGCCUACAGCGCGUACGUGCCGGAGAACAACGCGGCGGGCGCGGAGGUGGUGCGCGUGCGGGCGCGGGACGCGGACGCGGGCGCCAACGGG